AUGCGCUUGGAUGGAGCCGCAGCGCUGCUGGCGCUUCCCGCGGUGGCAUUCGCGACAGUGAGCCUGAGCAACUUCAAAUCUAACAAGAACGAUCCAGACCCAUCGAGUCUACCUGCUGCCUGUGCGAAGGUCUAUACGGCGACCAUCAGCGGAUGCGUGGCGGAAGAUUUUCCACAAGGCGGCAAUGGUUGCAGUCCAGCCUGCGCGCAAGGCAUGCAGGACAUGGAACAGAGGGUUCAAGACGCUUGCGACAACGCAGACCUCAAAGAUUUUCCAAUCCUCACACAAUUCCUCGCUGGCAACGGACCAAAGGCUCUUUGUGGGAGCUCCGCCAAAGCACCAGACCAUGACACCGAAACCACCUCGAGCCAAGCCCCGACCACGAGAAGCCGCACCCAAAGCGCUCCGAGUACAUCCAGCACAGCGACGAGUUCCACAAGUUCGGCAAGUACGGCGAGUACGAGUGAGACCGUCACAUCGAGCAGCCCAGUCCCAACAGCCACUGAGCAAACUACCAUACUCGUUGACAGCUCGAGCCCGGCAACGCCAGCGGCGACAAGCUCUCGUGGUAAUGGGCAGACCAGCAGCAACGAUUACAGCGGGCAGGGAAGUCCGUUCGAUACAUUGCCCAGCCCGUCUAGCACAAUGCGAUCAGCAUAUAUCUCAUUAGGAACGAUGGUCCUCGCCGCAGCAAUGGCGUGCAUUGGAGUACUAGGACGAUGA